GCCAAAGAGGACAUGGCGAAAGCAAAAGUUGAGAAACUGAACAAGCACUGUCUUUUCAUGGGGUGUAAAUCUCUGGAACCCAUGACUGUUGAUGACCGGGUGAAGUACAGUUCAUAUGAUUCAGUGAAUGAUAUGCUAGAUGUCAUGGCCAGUGGAAUAAAAACUGAAAUAUUGUGUGAUGUGACAGGUGCCAAAUUUUAUGCACUGCUAUUUGAUGAAUCAACAGACGUGAGUGUUACUCAGACUUUGAUGAUCUACAUUCGUUAUGUCAGCAAGGGUAGGCUGAUGAGUAGAUUUCUUUCUGUGUCGGCCUUGCAUGGAUGUACUGCAGAAGACAUUCACAAAGCCGUUAAAGAAACCUUGUCAAAUGCUGGACUGCCACCUUCGUCCAUGAUAGCUGUAGGAACGGAUGGAGCCAGCACCAUGACAGGGUCCAAAAGUGGGGUCACCACACGGAUGAAGGAUGAAAAUCCUUUCCUGAUGUCUGAUCACUGUGGGGCUCACAGACUUGCCUUGGCAGCAGGACAAGCCGCUAAAGUUGUUCCAUAUCUUGUGUCCUAUCAAGAAACUGUAAAUGCUCUCUGCAAAUUGUUCAAAUACAGCCCGAAACAAAAAUCUGCACUAAAAGAAAUCCAAGGCUUGGUUAAUGAUGAUCAGCUGACUUAUCAUGAGGUUUUUGAGACUAGAUGGUUAUCAUUCAACAACUGUGUUCAGGCAGUCAGGAGAACAUUAGAUUCUCUGCUUACUUAUCUCUCUUCAUGUGACAAAAACAAUGCUAAAGCAAAGGGUAUUUUGAAGAAGGUAUCCAAGUUCAAGUUCAUUGCAACAACACACCUACUGGCGGAUUCUCUGGUUAUUUUGUCACAGCUCUGUCUUGUUUUACAGAAGAGUAAACUGCUGUACAGUGACAUGGUGAUGCAUGCCAAAGCUACUAUUUCAGCUCUAACAAACCUAAAAGAUCAUCUUGAAAAUGGUGCUCAUUACAAAGAAUUCAAAAGCACACUGCCAGAAAUUCAAAAUCUUCAGUGUCAAACCAGCUUUGAUUUGCAUGGCCAUGCCAUUUCUUACUCGACAAAACAAGCUGAAGAAGCUGAAUCUUGUGCCAAGCAGUUUCUCAAUAAUGCCAUUCAAAACCUUCAAAGCAGGUUCUUGUCAGAACAGAGCAAUAGCAAACUGUUUGCUAUGUUUGAGGUGCUUGUUCCUGGUAAGAUGCCACCAUCAGAAGCUGAUCUUGGCUUGUAUGGCCAAACUGAAAUUGCAUAUUUGGCCAAGAUUUUUGGUGCUGACAAAACCAACAAGCAAGGUGAUCUCUGUCACGCUUUAGUAGAUGCAACAGCCAUGGUGUCAGAGUGGCAGCUGUUUAAGUAUUUCAUGUUCAGUCACACAGGCCAGUCAUUUGCAGACUUCUGGUGCAUGGUCUUAAUGCAGCACCAAUCUUCUUACCCAAACAUCUCUCUGAUGGGCCAGCUGUUUGUGACCCUACCAUCCACAACAGUUGAUGUGGAGAGGGGUUUUAGCAGACAUAAUUUGGUGAAAACAGCACUGAGAAAUAACCUCAAAACAGAAAGUGUUUGUGACAUUCUAACCAUCAAAAUUGAAGGCCCAGAAGAAGAGAUGUUUGACUUUGAAAAGUGCUAUGUUAAGUGGUGUGCCAAAAAAGAUAGGAGAAUUUUCCUGCCAGCAGUAAAGGAAAAAAUUCAGACAAUUUGAAUGUCUUGUUCAUGGUGGUGAAUCGUAGUGUUAGUGUCUCCGUCAUAGACAGGUGGUGUUUGUUUGCAUUAAAUAUGUGUAGUUUUGUACUUCAUGCAUAUAAAAGUUUGUGAAAAAAUAAA